UCUUAAUGUUAUUUUAAAAAUCUCGUCAUUUUUUAUAAAAGAUUCCAUAACACACAUUUAAAUUAUUUAGUUCACAUUUAGGAUUCUAAGAAUUUUCACAUUUUUAGUGCUAUGGAUGUAAAAAAUCUCAUUUUCGAAGAAUUAAUAUGUUAUGGAUGUUCAAAAUCUUUUACUGGAUUUGGAUUUUUACAGCUUUAGAAUCAUAUCUCAAUUCUGAAAAUGGAUUCCUCAACCAUGGAGCCAAAAACAAUUUUGUUUAUUCUUUCAAAUGCAGUAAUUACAAUAAAUUAAGCUUAAAAAGUGUUAUAAACACUCCUGUAUCAUAUAAUAGAGUAAGGAACCAUGCCAUUUCUACAGGGAUAACCGAAACUGCAGUGAAGUCUGAGGUGGUGCCAACAACCGAGUCAGUUGAUUAUGACUAUUUAUCUAAUCUAAUAGGAGAACUUAUUAGGUUCUCAAGUUCAGUGGAUAAAAAUCAGCCUGAAAUAUUCUAUAACGAACUAAAGGACAUCUUAGGAAAUGCUUCACAUGUGGUUUCGGAACUUUUCACUCCGCCAGUUGAACUGGAUUAUGUAAGUAAACUGGGGGAAAUAAAGAUAGAAUUGGGGGAAAAAAUUGAUAAAAUUGAGCCUCAUCACCUUAUCAAACCACUUAAUUAUAAACACUUUAAACAUGGUUUCCCUUUCACGUACGAAUAUUUGACGGACUUUGACCCACUCAGUUCCCAAAGGAUUCCCAAGCUUUGGAGGAGGGUGUUGAAGCCAAAUAUUUCAAAAUUAGUAAGAAAAAAACUGUUCAAUAUGUUAGAAUUCUUGUCAAAAUCCCUGGGGUUAUUUAUGGUUACAUUUCAUGAGACUAACUUGCCAAUCCCAGAGUUGUAUAAAGUGGGAUCUACAUUAGGCUUGGAGGGAACAACUCUCCUUUUUGAAGGGAUAACACUAUUACACCUCAGAGAUGAUUAUUAUGGAACAGAUUUAAAGGCAAGGAUUGAUAAAUCCUUCGAAUUAAUUGAAUACACCAACAAGGUUAACCUGGGACGGAACAGGAAUUUCUCCCUGAUUAUUGAAAACUUUUUCCGUAGGAAGGACUAUGAAUCUAUUUUUUACAUAAUAAAAUACAUGUCUGAAAGGUUAAAUAGGAAGAUAAAUGGGCUUUACUUGGUGCAAUUUCUAGUCUCGCUGGCACACAGAUUUAAAGCCUUAAAAAAUGAACAAAACGGAUUAAACGCGAAGUUAUUCUCUGAGUUGAAGAAAUGGAUUAAACAAGGUUUGGAGUUGUAUGAAAAGAGCAAUUUACACGCUUUUAACAUAACCGAUGAGUUUGCAGGUAUUCUUGAGAAGAACUACAGGGAUUUGGCACCUGGACUGUUCAGAAUUGUUUCAGUGAGUUCUGGCAAUUCACCAGUACCAUUUGGCUCCUGCGACUUUUGCAAAUUUAAAAUUCAGUUUCAGGACAUUUCAGACUCAGAUCGGUUCGAGAUAUUCUCGAAGAUGAUAAAGUCCAUUUUUAAUACUUCAGUUAGGGAGUUUUUCCCACUAUUUGAGUUCUACACGUUUUUACUCAAAGCGUCAGUCGAUGGAAACCCUUACACCUGCAUUAUUGACGGACAAAAUGUUGGUUAUUACAGGAACAAAACAAGAAUAUUGGAUUACACCAAGUUGAAGGACGCACUUAAUUUUUUCGAAUCCUCAGGUGAGAACCCGCUCAUCGUGUUACCUGUGAGGUGCUACAAGAAACUAUUGUACCACUUGGAGAAAACGGAUAGACCAAAUUAUGAUUUUUUUGCCAAACUUCAUGAGAACAGAUCCAUAUAUCUAACUAAUAGUUAUUCUUAUGACGACAACUAUUUUCUACUGGCUGGGAUUGUUAAGUUUACAGAGGAUGAGAUUAAGUUGUUUGAUCAGUACAUGAAGCAGACUAGUGUUCAAAACUCCUACCAUUGCCAUAUUGAUUACUGUUUAAAAAAUAUUAACAAUGCUCAGUUUAAGAAAAGUGAUAAGAAUACAAUUAUUUUAACCAAUGACAGGCUUUCAAAUUUGCUAAUCGAGGAUGUGAACACUGAGGUCUUAAACACAUGGAAAAACUAUUCAUUGAUUAGUUUUACCGGUUUUGCCCCUAGGACUAUGCUGACUAUGGGCCAGAGAGUAAAUUACACAUUUUCAGUAAUUUCAGAUAAUGACAAGUUUCAUAUCCCAGUUGGUCGGGAUCGAGUUUUUACAAACAACUAUGAGAUACACAAGUGUGAACUAAGACUAGAAAAGCCCACUAGAUCAUUUGAAACACCAACUAUACCUGGAACGGGUAAACUUUCUCUCAAAAUCCUUAAUUGUGAGGAAACACCGAAUAAGAAGUGGUUACAGCACAAUCAACACCUCUUGUUUGAUACUCCAGAAUUAACACCGAGCUUCCGUUCGUCGGAUAAUAACAGCUUUAAAGAUGAGAAUUACACCUACCACAACUUAAAUGGUGUAAAUAACAGCUUUAAAGAUGAGAAUUACACCUACCACAACUUAAAUGUUGUAAAUAAUGGCUUUAAACCUCAGAAAAGGAGUUAUGGAACUGAUUUUUCUGAGAUUUACCACAACUCGCCCGAGAUUCUUGAACAAAUGUUUAUACCAAAUUCAAGGUCGAAGUGGUUGUGCGUGGACUUAUCCUCCAUAGACUCACUAAUUUCAAACUUGUAA